UCAAGUGGUAACGGGUCCAAAAGUUCCAAUGGAAAGCUUAUAAAUAGUAUGUUUUGUUUGCCAGGUUCAGCCACUCAAUUCAGAAAAUUAUAACAUAACAACUAUUAUAAAAGUGUUAGAGAACUUAGAAGAACACAGAAGAAAGAAAAAUAGCGUCUACAACAUUGAGUUUUCAGGUCACUUGGCUGAAGAGACCAAGUGAAAGCCUGUUUUGGAUUAAACAUGGGGAGGCAUCAUAGCACAGAAAUGUUAUUGUUCCUGGUUCUUCUCUGUGUAUGCAUAUCAAACAUGAGUGGUAUUACCUUUGGCUGCAUCGAAAAAGAGAGACAAGCUCUCCUAAACUUGAAACAAAGCUUUCAAGAUCCUUCACACAAGUUGUCCUCCUGGCAAGGUCAAGAUUGCUGCCAAUGGAAAGGAGUAGCCUGCAAUCAAACCACGGGUCAUGUUGUCAAGCUUCGUCUCAGAUCCUCAUCAAUGGAUUAUCCAUUUUCACCUUAUUAUUCUUAUGAUUAUUAUGAAGAUUAUUAUCAAUGGUUUACUACUCAUCUGCCUGACUUACAAGCUAAUGAGUUGAGCUCUAAUUUGUUGGAGCUGCAACAUCUCAACUACUUGGAUCUCAGCGGAAACAACUUCAGUUAUAGCAAGAUUCCCAACUUCUUUGGCUCAAUGAAGAAUCUAAAGUAUCUAAAUCUGUCUCAGGCCGAUUUUGGUGGAUUGAUUUCUCUUCAAUUUGCAAAUCUUACUGGCUUGCAAGUUCUUGAACUUAAUGAUCUUUUCCAUGUUAGUACUCGUACUUUCCAGUGGGCUUCAAAUCUUUUGUCUCUCCAAUACCUUGAUAUGAAUUCGGUAAAUUGUUCGAAUGCAUCAGAUUUAAUGCAGGUACUUACCAACCUUCCUUCUCUGUCACAUAUCAGCCUAUCUGGUUGUAGUCUAAAUAUGGUCAAUUUUCCUUGGCGUUCGAUCAAUUCCACCUUCUCUGCUAGUGUUCGAUACCUAGACCUUUCCAGGAAUUAUCUUGGAAGAUCAAUUCUUAAUGAUCUAAAAAAUAUGACUUCUCUUGAAUUACUUGAUCUUUCGUCCACCUUUCUCUAUGCUACUAGUUCCUCAAUUCCAACCUGGUUGGGUGAUCUUAAGAGCCUUGUUUACCUUAAUCUUGCAUUGAAUAAUUAUGAUAGCUUUGAAGGAGAAGGUGGCUUGCUGUACAUAAUAAAUAAUGCUUGUUCCUUGAAGGUAUUAGAUUUGUCACAUAACAAAAUUAGAGAAGGGUUAGAGCCUCAUCAAAAUUCAAGAAAAUGUGUCAAAUAUAAUCUAGAGAUAUUAAAUUUAGAAGAUAACGAAAUGGGUGGUCCUUUGCCUGAUUGGUCAGAGCAACUAAAAUUUUCAAGGUACCUUGACCUUUCCCAUAAUUUAUUUCAUGGUCCAAUACCAUCAUCACUUGGAAAGCUUUCAUUUUUGAAAGUAUUAGAUCUAUCCUUCAAUCAAUUAAUAGGGUCAAUUCCAGAAUCUUUGGGAAGAUUGUCGAGUUUGAGAAGAAUUGAUCUUUCUCACAAUGGGUUGACUGGGAUUAUUCCAAAAACAAUCGGGAGAAUGUCAGUUUUAAAGUGUUUAGCUUUGUCAUAUAACAAUUUGAAUGGGGUAAUUCCAGAAACAUUGAUAAAAUUGUUAGUCUUAAAGUGGUUAGACCUGUCAUAUAACAAUUUGAAUGGGGUCAUUCCAGAAACAUUGGGAAACUUGUCAGUCUUAAAGAUGUUAGACCUGUCAUAUAACAAUUUGAAUGGGAUCAUUCCAGAAACAUUGGGAAAAUUAUCAGUAUUAGAUGGGUUACGUUUGUCAUAUAACAAUUUGAAUGGGGUCAUUCCAGAAACAUUGGGAAAAUUGUCAUUAUUGAUGUGGUUAGAUCUUUCUAGAAAUCAAUUAAAUGGAAGCUUGCCUAAAUCAAUUGGAAAAUUAGAAUUCCUACAAUCCUUGGAUAUCUCAUCAAAUUUAUUGGAAGGUAUUGUAUCUGAGGAUCACUUUGCUAACCUUACAAGGUUGGGAGAGUUGCGCAUUGAUUCCAACAAUUUCUCAUGCCAAGUUAAUUCAAAUUGGAUCCCUCCUUUUAGUCUCUAUUACAUCAACAUGGCUUCUUGCAAAGUUGUAGGGUCUCAUGGAGUCCCCCAAUGGCUUCAGACACAAAGGAAAGUCUUUCAAUUGAAAGCCUGUUUUGGAUUAAACAUGGGGAGGCAUCAUAGCACAGAAAUGUUAUUGUUCCUGGUUCUUCUCUGUGUAUGCAUAUCAAACAUGAGUGGUAUUACCUUUGGCUGCAUCGAAAAAGAGAGACAAGCUCUCCUAAACUUGAAACAAAGCUUUCAAGAUCCUUCACACAAGUUGUCCUCCUGGCAAGGUCAAGAUUGCUGCCAAUGGAAAGGAGUAACCUGCAAUGAAACCACGGGUCAUGUUGUCAAGCUCCAUCUCAGAUCCUCAUCAAUGAAUUUCUCAUUUUCAAAUUAUUCAUAUCCACUUGUUUCUUAUUCAUAUCCACUCGUAGACUGCAAUGAAGAUUAUUCAUAUUCAUAUUCACCUUAUACUCAUCUGCCUGACUUACAAGCUAAUGAGUUGAGCUCUAAUUUGUUGGAGCUGCAACAUCUCAACUACUUGGAUCUCAGCGGAAACAACUUCAAUUAUAGCAAGAUUCCCAACUUCUUUGGCUCAAUGAAGAAUCUAAAGUAUCUAAAUCUGUCUCAGGCGAAUUUUGGUGGAUUGAUUUCUCUUCAAUUUGAAAAUCUUACUAGCUUGCAAGUUCUUGAUCUUAAUGGUCUUUUCCAUGUUAGUACUCCUACUUUCCAGUGGGCUUCAAAUCUUUUGUCUCUCCAAUACCUUGAUAUGAAUGGUAUGAAUUGUGGGAAUGCAUCAGAUUUAAUGCAGGUGCUCACCAACCUUCCUUCUCUGUCACAUAUCAACCUAUCUGGUUGUAGUCUUAAUAUGGUCAAUUUUUCUUGGCGUUCGAUCAAUUCCACCUUCUCUGCUAGUGUUCGAUACCUAGACCUUUCCGGGAAUUUUCUCGGAAGAUCAAUUCUUAAUGGUCUAAAAAAUAUGACUUCUCUUGAAGUACUUGAUCUUUCGUCCACCUUCUAUACUAGUUCCUCAAUUCCAACCUGGUUGGGUGAUUUUCAGAGCCUUGUUUACCUUAAUCUGGCAUGGAAUAAUUAUGAUAGCUUUGAAGGAGAAGGUGGCUUGCUGUACAUAAUAAAUAAUGCUUGUUCCUUGAAGUUAUUAGAUUUAUCAGUAAACAAAAUUAGAGAAGUGUUAGAGCCUCAUCAAAAUUCAAGAAAAUGCAUCAAAUAUAAUCUAGAGAUAUUAAAUUUAGAAGAUAACGAAAUGGGUGGUCCUUUGCCUGAUUGGUCAAAGCAACUAAAAUUUUCAUGGUACCUUGGCCUUUCCCAUAAUUUAUUUCAUGGUCCAAUACCAUCAUCACUUGGAAAACUUUCAUUUUUGAAAGUAUUAGAUCUAUCCGCCAAUCAAUUAAUAGGGUCAAUUCCAGAAUCUUUGGCAAGAUUGUCGAGUUUGAGAAAAAUUGAUCUUUCAUACAAUGAGUUGACUGGGAUUAUUCCAAAAACAAUCGGAAGAUUGUCAGUUUUAGAGUGUUUAGCUUUGUCAUUUAACAAUUUGACUGGGAACAUUCCAGAAACAUUGGGAAAAUUGUCAGUCUUAAAGUGGUUAGGUUUGUCAUCUAACAAUUUGAAUGGGGUCAUUCCAGAAACAUUGGGAAAAUUAUUAGUCGUAGAGGGGUUAGAUUUUUCAUAUAACAAUUUGAAUGGGGUCAUUCCAAAAACACUGGGAAAUUUGUCAUUGGUGAGGGGUAUUGAUCUUUCUAGAAAUCAAUUAAAUGGAAGCUUGCCUAAAUCAAUUGGAAAAUUAGAAUUCCUACAAUCUUUGGAUAUCUCAUCAAAUUUAUUGGAAGGUAUUGUAUCUGAGGAUCACUUUGCUAACCUUACAAGGUUGGAAGCGUUGCUCAUUGAUUCCAACAACUUCUCAUGUCAAAUUAAUUCAAAUUGGAUUCCUCCUUUUAGUCUCUAUGACAUCAACAUGGCUUCUUGUAAAGUUGUAGGGUCUCAUGGAGUCCCUCAAUGGCUUCAGACACAAAAGAAAGUCGUUGAAUUGAAUCUCUCAAAUGCUAAUAUUAUUGGAACAUUUCCAAAAUGGCUUCAGAACAUGUCAAGCAUCGUCUUUCUGGAUCUCUCUAUGAACCAAAUCAGCGGACACCUUCCUAUGAAUAUUGGUUCUUUGUCUUCUGCGAGGUAUUUAAAUCUUGGCAACAAUCUGAUAAAUGGUUCAAUUCGAGAGUCAUUAUGCGAAGUAGAAUCUUUAGACACUCUAGAUCUUUCGAGAAACAAGCUUUCUGGGAUAUUGCCUAAUUGUUGGAGAGGGAGCCAAUCCGUGGAAGUCAUCAAUCUUUCAUACAAUAAGUUGUCAGGGACUAUUCCAAGCUCAAUGGGGAACUUAUCACAACUGAAACGAUUGCAUAUGAAUAAUAACAUCUUUAAUGGGGAACUUCCUUUGGCCUUGAGGAGUUGCUCUAAAAUGAUGCUUCUUGAUCUUGGCGAUAAUAACUUUUCUGGACCUCUACCAACUUGGAUUGGAGGACAUAGCUUCCGGAACAUAACAAUUUUGAGGUUACGCAAGAAUACGUUUAGUGGAAGUAUCCCUUUAAAUUUUUGCAAGCUCUUGGCACUGAGCAUUUUAGACCUUGCAAAUAACAAUUUGAGAGGAAAAAUUCCUCAUUGCUUUGGCAAACUCACUGGAAUGAUUGUAGUGAAGGUUUCACAAGAGUUAAAUGUAUCUGGAUGGGAAAGCGCGAAGGUUUCACAAGUGUUAAAAGGAAGAGACUUAGAGUAUACAAAAAUACUGCUACUUCUUGAUAAUUUGGACCUCUCAAGCAAUAAGCUAGUUGGGAUAAUUCCAAAAGAGCUAUGUGUGUUAUCUGCCUUGCGUGGUUUGAAUUUGUCCCAUAAUCAUUUGUCAGGCAAUAUUCCUAACAAUAUUGAAGAGUUGAAGUCCUUGGAGUCUCUUGACCUUUCAAACAACAAACUUGUUGGUGCAAUUCCCCAAAGUAUGGCCAAUUUGAUGUCACUAAACAAGCUCGACUUGUCUUACAACAAUCUGUCAGGCAAGAUUCCAACAGGACCUCAACUUCAAACACUGGAUGAUCCAAAUAUCUAUGCUAGCAACGAUGAACUGUGUGGAGACCCAUUGCCAAAGAAAUGUUCUGGAGAUGAUGAUCGGAGAAAAAAUGCCCACGAAGAUGAUGAUGACUACAAAGAAAGUAGGAUCGAAAGAAUAUGGUUUUACUGUGUGGUAACACUUGGAUAUGCAGCUGGAUUAUGGGGAUUAAUUGGGAGUCUUGUUUUCAACAGAAACUGGAGGCAUGCUUUUUUUCGUUUCACUGAAAACACUAUGGAUUGGAUUCUUGUGACAGUAGAAGUGAAGAUUGGGAGACUGAAGAAGAGCAUCAUGAAGUGGACCAACUAAUAAAGAUUUCUACUGAUAACAUGUAUUUCUCUAUGUGUAUGUACGUACUUCAUAGGACGAUCGAUCCUCUCAGUUUGUGUAUUUCAUCUUAAUUUAUGCUGUCUUGUAUUGUUUAAGUUGUAACCUAUUGCCACAAUAGUUUGUCAAAGAUUCCUCAUUUGCUUCAA